GCAAAUAGUCUAUAUUUUUCUGGACUCAUUGAAUUUGUUGCUUCUAUUCAUUAUUGGGAACCAAACAUGACUGUUAUAGUCUACGAUCUUGGAUUACAACCAGAACAAAAGAAAGAAGCUGAAGGUUGGUGUAAUGUUCAGAUUAAUGACUUGCCUCUUAACACACCUGACCAUAUAAGGAAGGAAAGUAGAAAACGAUAUUCAUGGAAAGCGCUGGUACUACAAGAUGCUGUCACGAAAUAUGGUGCCAUAUUUUAUAGUGACGCUGGAUCUGUAAUACGAGCCCCCUUGGAUCCGAUAAAGAAACUGAUUAUUGCUGAUGGUCAUUUUUUCGUUCAGGGCCAGGGUGUGGACAUGACAACAUUUUUGCACAAAGGAAUGUAUGCAUAUUUCAAAGUAAAUGAAACACAAUUGAAAGGAAAACCUAACUUUGCAGGAGGCGUCCAAGGAUACGUACGUGGCGGCCUUGCUGAAAAACACAUACUACACCCUCUGGUAAAAUGUUCUAUAUCCCCAGAAUGCAUCACUCCAAUAGGAUCCUCUCUUGAAAACCACAGAUUUGACCAAUCAGCACUCUCGAUAAUAAUCUACACAUCGGAAAUAAAGAUUCAGCCUCACACUGAAUUGUUGAUUACUUCACUGAACCAACUGAGCGAAAAUCCAUUUUUACCAAGUUCGAGAAUCAUUUGGACAGCUCGUCAAUCAAGCAACAGCUAUAGCAAUCGAAUUUGCAAAAAAACAAUCGUAUCUUGAUAAAAAAUGAUGUACUCGGAUAAGAAUUAAUGUUUCUUUUGGAGGACUUCCAAAAUACAAAGAUGUACGUGAUUUAAAUAAAAAACAAUAUUAAACAUAGACUUGACUAUGACUGACUUGAUCAUGCCUAGAGUCAUUUUGCACAAAUCCCAUGUUUU